AUGGCUGACACCCCUUCAUAUUUUCCUUCCAGUUCACCUUCAAACGCAUGCAAAUGUAUUCAAAAAGUCGUUAAUGGCGGAAUUAAUUUCCCCUCAAGCUUUCACUCACUGGACUCCACUCAAAGCAAGAGAAAACGUAGCUUCAUUGACGGGUGUUUGGAUUUGCAAGCUGCGUCUUCCUUGUCUCUUGGGCUGGGUUGCUCUAUAAACUCCGGUGUCACCAUGUUUUCCGGCAAAGAAACUGAAGAAAAUUCUUCCGGCAAUCUUGAUCUUACAAUGAACCUCAACACACAGAACGUUGACCAAGUCAAACCAUCAAGAAUUGAAAGAACCGAAGUUGAUCUUGAAUUAAGUCUCGCAGGUGGUUCAAUUGAAUCUGAUGUAACUGCUGUUUGUCAACCAUCUUUUCCGUUCAUGAAUACUAGCAGCACCAUGACCUCUGCCGGAGUUCAACUUGUUGACGAAGGCUCCACGUCAUCCAGAUGGAAAUUACCCCUUUUGCCCCCGUUUCUUACUAAAGACCCUACACCGCUUCUUCACAAUAUACAAGGGUAUAACGGUCCAAAUUUACUUAUUCACACCGCAUCACCUUCAUUAGAUUCUGUAUUAUCCCAACAACAAAAUCGACGUACAGGUAACGUGAAAGACUGCCGGUUCACCGGAUGCACACGUGGCGCAAGAGGAGCUUCCGGAUUCUGCAUCUCCCAUGGUGGCGGCAGGCGGUGCCAGCGAGGCGGCUGUCAAAAAGGAGCCGAAGGUAAAACAGUGUUCUGUAAAGCCCACGGCGGUGGUCGCCGGUGCGAGUUUCUCGGCUGCACCAAAAGCGCUGAAGGCCGUACAGACUACUGUAUCGGCCACGGUGGCGGCAGACGGUGCAGCCACGAGGGCUGCACCCAUGCCGCCAGGGGAAAAUCAGGGUUAUGUAUACGCCAUGGUGGCGGGAAGCGGUGUAAAGCGGAAGGGUGUACGAAAAGCGCCGAGGGUGUUACCGGUCUGUGCAUCUCCCAUGGUGGUGGCCGGAGGUGCCACUUUCCGGCGUGCACGAAAGGUGCUCAGGGGAGCACGAUGUUUUGUAAAGCUCAUGGUGGUGGGAAGCGGUGUACUUUUUUAGGGUGUACGAAAGGGGCGGAAGGUAGUACGAAUUUUUGUAAAGGCCAUGGUGGUGGGAAGCGGUGCACAUUUGAAGGCGGCUGUUCGAAAAGUGUCCAUGGUGGGACUCUUUUUUGUGUGAAUCAUGGUGGUGGAAAGCGGUGCGCGGUGGCUGAGUGUACAAAAAGUGCUAGAGGCCGGACUAGUUUCUGUGUUCGUCAUGGUGGUGGCAAAAGAUGUAAAUAUGAGGGGUGUGGGAAGAGCGCGCAAGGCCGAACGGAUUUCUGUAAGGCACAUGGCGGUGGAAGGCGGUGCUCGUGGAGCCAACCGGAACAAUCUGGUGGUCAAAACUCAACUCCUUGUGACAAGUUUGCUAGAGGGAAAACCGGUCUUUGUGCUUCACAUAGUCAGUUGGUUCAAGAUGACUGGAUUUCUGGACUCAUGGUGGACCAACCUCAGCCGGUUAUGGCGGAAUACGGUGACUACGUGCUACCAGAAGGCAGGGUUCAUGGCGGCAGUUUGAUGGCUAUGCUUAGAGGAUGCACCGGGGGCCAGUCGGAACCGGGGGGAAGUCAGCCUAUAAAUGGUGGUAGGUGGGUGUAA